AAUUUUUGAAAACCGUUAAAGUUUGAAUUUAGAAGAACAGUUGAAAUUUUUUGGUGACUUGACCACGUGUGAGUCACGUUCGCAUCUAAAUGAUAACUUUAUAAACUUAUUCAGGUAUAUUUGAGAAACUUUUUGAUGAAAUGCGUUAUUAUUGCUUACUUGUGCUGCAUUGAUGCUUUAAACACUAGUUUUGUUUUUCUGAUGAUUCACAUAGAAAAGAUAUUCAGAUAAUAAAAUGUUAAAAUAUUUAAUAGUUUUACUUUAUAUUGUAGUUUUUGUAAGUUUAGUUUCAAGCGAUAGAACAAAAGAUAAGAUUUACGAAAAUGUAGUCGGUAAUAUGUGCUUUAGAAGACUUAAUUCUACUCAUCAGACUGGAUGUAGUUCUGCAGGAAAAUCUGCUGGAUCAGUCGGCGUUUUGCAUUACAUAGAGAAGGAAGAGGACAUAAAUUUCAUAAUUAAUGAUGCACCAGCGCCUCCUUAUGCACCAAUUUUAAAGCCAAAAUUUUUUACCAGAGAAAACAUUCUAAAAUUAAGAGAUUCUAAAUUUGUAUCAGCAAUAAUUUUAAUUAACGACACCUCAGACAUGACACACUUCUCACAAGAAUCAAAAUGUCCAAAUCAAUUUUUCCGUCACAUUAAUCAGCCAGUUUGUGACGUCACAAAGCCUGAAACUGUAUGGAAUCCUUACGGAACUGGACUUUUGCAUGAGAACUUUGACAUCCCCAUCAUAUUCUUGGCUAAUAAGAAUGAGUCCGAUAAGGUUGUUAAGUGCUUUAAAGAUUUCAAUACAGACUUAGAAGGUCAAGCUGGAAAAGCAUUAUGCAGUAUAGAGCUAUUUUCAUUCAUGUCAGCUGCUGGGAAUUCUGAAGUAUGCAUUCGACGAUCCAAAUUUGCUGGAUUCUUAAAGCAGAUCACUUAUUGUGAUCCACUUCAAGGCAAGAAUAUCUAUGGCACCUUAUUUCCACGUAAAAUUGUUGAUCCCGAAAACAGAACAAAUGAUCAAAGCGAGAAAAUCAUUUUAAUAUCUGCGAGACUAGAUACAACUUCAAUGUUUGAUGGAAUCGCCUUAGGAGCACUUGAUUCUUUAGCUUCCGUAGCCACUUUAAUCACUUCCGCUCAUUAUUUAAGAAAAAUUGUGUCUAAUGAUGUCUUUGAGAAGAAUAAUGUGAAUGUCCUAUUUGUUCUAUUCAAUGGAGAGUCUUAUGACUAUAUUGGGUCACAAAGAUUCGUGUAUGACUUGAAGAAAAAGAACGCAUUUCCAUCGCCUGCAUCUUAUAGAAAACCACUGACUAUGGAUAAUAUAAUCAUGAUGAUUGACAUUGGUCCACUUGAUGGAUUCGACACAUUAUCGAUUUAUUCCAUAAAUGGAGCAAAUGGAAUUGCCAAUAAAUUUUCAGCAUCAGCACAAGCUUACAAUGAGAAAUUUGGAUUGAAUGUGAAUAUUACAACACGUGAAACAAUGAGCUUACCGCCAGUUUCAGCACAGACAUUUUUGAGAGAGAAUUCAAGCUUUCCAGCUUUUGUUGUAGCUGCAAAGAAGCCAGAAAAUAAAUUCUAUCAUUCAGUCUUUGAUGAUGCUGGAAAUUUAAAGUACAGCUAUCAAAAUAAAAGUUUAGAUUUUGACAAACUUGAUGUCGUUCAAGACACAAAAGAAGCUUCAGUCCAAAAUAAAAUUCGUAACAUAGCAACAUUGUUAGCUUUGGGGGUCUAUGAUAUUCUCACGGACCAAAAGUAUACAGGCGAAGGAAUCGCUAGUUCAGCAUUAGUCGAUGAGUUCCUUUAUUGCUACUUAGUUGCUACAAAAUGUCGUCUUUUCGAUUCAAUCUUUGUAUUCAAUGACGAUUAUCGAGGAAGUAAUUAUCCACCACAAAGAUACAUUAGUGUUCAAGCAUCACUUACUUUAGAAGCUACUGGAUGGGCUUAUCGAGUCUUUGGAUUCGUGUUAAGUGAAAAAGUUGAUAAAGAUAAAGAAAAUUGUACUGAAUUGCCUUUAUAUUGGAUUCCUGGAAGUUUAAAGAAUGGCGAAUGCCGAUUGACAACACAAAACUUGAGCUAUGCAAUCAGUCCCGCAUUUGAAGAGGAAGGAUACAAUUUUAAAAGUAAUCUUUAUUCAACAUGGACAGAAUCGACUUGGACUGACUUAUCAGCACGUAUUUUCCUCCGUCCAUCGAUAGCCCAUGAAUCUUUUACAUUCUUAAUAGGCUUAUUUAUCAUGAUCAUCUCAUUCUUGCUCGUCUACUUCGUCAAAUCAAAGGCUGAUAUAUUAUUUAGUGAGGUUGUCAAUGCCGAACACGAGUCACUACCUGCUCAAUGCUAGGAGGCUACAUAAAGUGUGUGCGUGGAUGCUUGUGCGGAAAAACUUUCUAAUGUGAUACUCACGAUCAUAAUAAUUUAAUUUUAAAGCAAUUAAUCGAUUAAACCCAAAAAAAAUGUUAAUUAAUUUUUGUGCGACAUAAAUCAUGUAUGUAGACAUUCCUAAUAUAUAAUGACAUCUCAAUACUUUAAUAAAUUUGACAAAUUCAUACAAAUUAGCGAGAAGAUGUACUGAACUGAUUAAAAAAUUCUUCAGAUGCUGGAUUAGUGUUGACGACACGAUCAUAAUGUUCUUUUUGAUAAAUCUGUUCCUUAGCAAGCUGCUCAUUUUCCUCACGAAUCUUACAGUUGAUUUGACGGAUGUCUCUAGACAAUGCGCGUUCCUUUAAAGUCAUUUGACGAUGCAUUUCGUCUGUCAAUUUUUCCCAUUCCUCCUUGUGAUGCUGAUCAUCCAUCUUGCGUUGCUUUAUGUCAUUCAACUGCCUUUCUUGUUCCAUUUUAUGAUUCUCGAUUUGCUCAGAGUUCAUUCCU